UACUUUUUUUUUCUAUCUUAUCUUUAUAUGUUCAUACUAACGCACAAUUUGUGUUACUGCUAGCUCCAGAUGUUGCAAAUGACAUGGAAAUUUUUUGAAGUGUUGCGUUAGAUGCGGUUUCAACACUUUUCGUUCCCAUCUUUACCAAGUAAGGCCAUUUUUCAAAAGAAAAUUCUGACGUCAUUCUUUUUUUAUUCGGGUAUUUAAGGGCGUGCCUUUUAUUUAAGGAGAUGCACCUGUCACCGGGUGCCACACCAAGCGGAAAAGCAAAAAAUAAAAAGCCAUCAAAAAUUAAUUUUACAAUUGUUCUUCUUCCUAUUUAAAUUUUCUGAUCAUGCCCUUGUGUGGGAAAAAGUUAGAAGUACAGACACUUAAUAGGAAAUUAGUUGUCUGUGGUGAUGGUGCCUGCGGUAAAACUUCGCUUUUAAGCGUUUUUACAAGAGAUUACUUUCCUCAGAUCUAUGAACCUACAGUCUUUGAAAAUUAUGUGCAGGAGAUUUCCAUCGAUAAUCAGAGUGUUGAACUGUCUUUAUGGGAUACAGCUGGACAGGAAGAGUUUGAUCGAAUCCGACUACUGUCAUACGAAGAUACACAUGUUUUUUUGUUAUGUUUCUCUGUGGAAAACCGAGAUUCGUUUCAAAAUAUUCCAGAUAAAUGGAUGGAGGAAGUAACAGAACAUUGCGGAAAUGCAAAGUUUGUAUUAGUUGCACUUAAAUGCGAUUUAAGAGAUGAGAAACAGAAUACAAUUUCAUACAACGAGGGUUUAGAAAUGGCUAAAAGCAUUGGUGCGAUUCGUUAUUUAGAAUGUUCUGCCAAGCAUAAGCGUGGAGUGAAAGAGUGUUUCGAACAAUCAGCCAAGGUGGCACUUUCAGGUAAAUGAAAUCAUUUAUUUAAUCUGUAAGUUGACACUAAACUAUUUAUAAAACUAGUUAAAUUGAAAACGCCACAUGACUCAAAAUCAAAUUGUAUCAUACUUUAAAUAUUCAAUCCUUUUUCCUUUAAAAUCCUUCAACGCGUUCCUGGAUCUUGAUAAGAUCAGUGAAAAUACCAUAGGCAGUAACAGCAGCACCAGCACCAGCACCCUAAUCAUUAUAUCAGUAUUCUACAUUAUAAUUUCUACCCUAUAUCACCUCUAUUUAUUACCUGAAUAAUGACACCGUUAGGACAGUUUCUGGUGGUAAACUUGAUGAUGUUAUCACUACCCUGGAGGGAAGCAAAA